AGCGGACGUCUGAAAUUCCAGAAUUUCUUGUAUUGAACCAGAGACUUUUUGGAAGACAGCCCACAGGGGAUGAAGGAGCGGGAUGGCCACUGAGCCACGGGUGAAUCCUACCCACAAGGCACUGGAGGGAACCCCAGGCGACGGAGCCGCCGGACCUUGGCUUGCCCUGGGCGCCGCUCUCCUAGGCCACCCACUCCCGCCAGACCUGAGUGCCCAGCACGCAGUCAGCCGCCAGGGGUGCCUGGUGCCCAUGACUUUGCCCCGACACCUCUCUGCUGCCUCAGAGAUCCCGCUGUGUGCCGGCUGUGACCAGCACAUCCUGGACCGCUUCAUCCUCAAGGCUCUGGACCGCCACUGGCACAGCAAGUGCCUCAAGUGCAGCGACUGCCACACGCCGCUGGCCGAGCGCUGCUUCAGCCGCGGAGAGAGCGUCUACUGCAAGGACGACUUCUUCAAGCGCUUCGGGACCAAGUGCGCCGCGUGCCAGCUGGGCAUCCCGCCCACGCAGGUGGUGCGCCGCGCCCAGGACUUCGUGUACCACCUGCACUGCUUCGCCUGCGUCGUAUGCAAGCGGCAGCUGGCCACGGGCGACGAGUUCUACCUCAUGGAGGACAGCCGGCUCGUGUGCAAGGCAGACUACGAGACUGCCAAGCAGCGAGAGGCGGAGGCCACGGCCAAGCGGCCGCGCACGACCAUCACGGCCAAGCAGCUGGAGACGCUGAAGAGCGCCUACAACACGUCGCCGAAGCCCGCGCGCCACGUGCGCGAGCAGCUCUCCUCCGAGACCGGCCUGGACAUGCGCGUCGUGCAGGUGUGGUUCCAGAACCGCCGGGCCAAGGAAAAGAGGCUCAAGAAGGACGCGGGCCGGCAGCGCUGGGGCCAGUAUUUCCGGAACAUGAAGCGCGCCCGCGGCGGCUCUAAGUCGGACAAGGACAGCGUCCAGGAGGAGGGGCAGGACAGCGACGCCGAGGUCUCCUUCACCGAUGAGCCAGCCAUGGCUGAAAUGGGCCCUGCCAACGGCCUCUACGGCAGCCUAGGAGAGCCUGCCCCGGCCUUGGGCCGGCCCUCAGGGGCCCCAGGCAGCUUCCCGCUGGAGCACGGAGGCCUGGCCGACCCGGAGCAGUACCGAGACCUGCGCCCUGGCAGCCCCUAUGGCAUCCCCCCAUCGCCUGCUGCCCUGCAGAGCCUCCCUGGCCCCCAGCCCCUCCUCUCCAGCUUGGUGUACCCGGAUGCCAGCUUGGGGCUGGUGCCCUCAGGAGCCCCAGGUGGGCCCCCACCCAUGAGGGUGCUGGCAGGGAAUGGACCCAGCUCCGACCUCUCUACGGGGAGCAGCGGGGGCUACCCUGACUUCCCUGCCAGCCCCGCCUCCUGGCUGGACGAGGUGGACCACGCUCCGUUCUGACUGGGGCCCCCGGCUCCACUGAGCCCCGGACACGAGGGGUCUGGGCAGCAGCGCUGCCCCUGGCUGGGGGGUCUGGAGCUGAGCUCUCCUGUCUCGAAGCCCCGGACCUCUGCAGGACUCAGUGCCACCGGAGGCGGGGGACAGGAGGAGGAC